AUGAUCCUCACUAGUGGACAGGCGGGGGAUAGGCACGACAACAAGAAGCUGGAUGACAAGGGCGUGAAUGCCAACUCCGAGAAGCAGACCAUUACGCUGCGGACGGAGGGCUUCCUCCAGACACUCGAGGAGAAGCCGACCCCCACCAAGCCGCACCAAUUUGUCGCAGACUGCGCGAAGGAAUCGGUGAGGAGCAGGGGACGUGCGGGGCGGACGGGGGGUGGCCCGUCGGUGAUGUGUGUGUGUGUGUGCUCUCAGAUCAAGGAGGCGACUGUGAAGCGGUUCCUUCCUAUAGUAGGGUUUGUGACCAAAUAUAAGACGAGCUUCCUCAGCGAUGACAUCACGGCAGGUGGGAUUCACAGAUCAGGCGAACACACAGGAUCACAACAGAAAGGAAGACAUUGCUUUCGUGUGUGCCUGGUUGAUGAAUGUGACACAGGUAUUGCUGAGGGCAUCAUGGCCAUCCCUAUGGGCAUGUCGUACUCGCUGCUGGCCAACUUGCCGCCGGUGUACGGCCUCUACAACCAGCUGUUUCUCCCCCUCAUCUACAUGCUCUUCGGCACAUUCCACCACGCGUCCAUCGGGACCUCAGCCAUCGAAGCCAUCUUAUGCGCUGAGGCCGUCGCAAAUGUCAUUGGGUGAGUCGAUUGACGCCACACAACCGACCCAUCAGCACAGAAACAGAACCAACACCUCUGUUUGUGUGUUCGUGUCAUCCAUCAUCAGUUGGGACGCCCCGCUUACGGAGCGGGUGCCUGUGACGAUCAGUUUGGCGGUGUGUGUGGGUGCGACUCACAUGGUGCUGCGGCUGAUGCGUGUGGGUGUGGUGGUGGACUUUAUCGCUGACCCCGUCCUGGCGGGAUUUUCCACCGGUAAGGGGGUCAGUCACGACGAUCGAUUAGCAUGUCACGCGUGUGGGUGUGCGUUUUGCGUGCAGGCGCAGCGUUUCUGAUCGCGACGUCUCAGCUGAAGGAUCUGUUUGGGUUUCCGGUGCCGCGGACGGACUUUGAGGCCGAGCAGUGGUGGCACAUCCUCACCAACCUCCCGCAGACCAACUGGACCGCAUUCACCAUGUGUAAGCCACCUCCCCCUCAACCUGUCUCCCCGCCCCAAGCACCACAACACGGCACACACCCCAUCCAUGCACAUCGAUGGCUCACUGUCACUGUGAGUUGUCCGCUUUGUGUGUGGUUCAGGUGUGAGUGGGCUGAUCAUUCUCUUUCUCGUCAAGUGGGUCAACGCCCGCUACUUCAAGAAGUUCCCCUUGCCCGGGCAGCUGAUUGUCAUGGUACUCUUCACCUUGCUCACCUGGCUCUUCCAGCUCAACGAGGCCCCGUUCAACCUCAGGAUCCUACGCGAGAUACCCCAGGGCUUCCCCGUCCCCGAUGUGCCGCACUUCCAGGGCCACUUUGUGCAGCUGUUUCGGCAGGCCAUCCCAUUGGCUGUCAUGGUUUACGUCAUACACAUUUCCGUCGCCAAGACAGUCGGCAAGAAACACGGGUACGCGCACGAGAAGCCAGGGCAGCAUUGUGUGGAAGAGAUCGCAGAUUCUUGUGUUGUAUGGUGUGUCAUUGUUCGUGUCUGCAGGUACCGCAUUGAUGCUGAGCAGGAGCUGGUGGCGUACGGCAUGACCAAUCUAGUAGGGUCCAUGUUUCAGUGCUUCCCGGCGGGCAACGCCGUGUCUCGCGUGGGAGUAGUCUCGUCCGUGGGCGCCAAGACCAUCCUGCACACCUUGCCCAACGUCGCUGUGGUGGCUCUCACGCUCUCUCUCAUCACGCCGCUGCUCUUCUACCUGCCCUAUGCUGCACUCGCAUCCGUCGUCUUCUUUGGCACCUACGGUGAGCAGCGAAUUCAGCCAAGACGCGGGUGGCCAGCACAGUCCAUCAAUUUGCGUCUCUCUCCUGUCAGGCAUGAUCAAUUUCCAGGAGGGACGUCGUCUGUGGAAGUUCAAGAACCCCGACUUCUACCUCUGGGCCACGUGCCUCCUCGUCACCGCCACACUCGGCGCGAUGGAGGGCAUCAUCGUCGCCGUCGUCCUCUCUCUCAUCUGGCUCCUCGGCAAGAGCGCCAGGCCAAACGCUACUGUACUCGGACGCCUUCCUGGCACUUCCAGCUACCAUGAGGUGCGCGAGCAAAGACAGCAACGCACGGUGCUUGUUGUUCUCCCAUCAAAUACAGCGACACACGUUGGUUGUUGUUGUUCUCUCAUCAGAUUCACCGGUUCCCCACUGCGCGUGAGAUCCCCGGUGUAAAGAUCUUCCGCUUCGACGCCGACCUCAACUUUUCUAAUGCGGAGUUCUUCGAGAGCAAGGUGCUGAGCGUGAUCAAGCCCUCGGGCAGCAAACCGGACCGCGUCGACGAGGAGGAAGGUGGCGACGGGGAGGUGCCCACGCAAACGGUCAUUGUGGACUGCAGCGGCAUCAACUCCCUGGACGUCACGUCCAUUGGCAUGCUUGAGCGACUGGCUCAAUGGUUCCAGGAGCAGAAGCUCGACUUACUCUUCGCUAACUGGAAGGGACCGAUGAGAGACUUCCUGGGUACGUUGACGAGCCGAAUGCACAUGCAUUGUCCAUGAUGUCCUCCAUGAUGAUUGUGUGCGUGUCGUUCGUUGCUCAGACCGUGCCGAGUUCUUCAAGGUGGUGCCGGCCGACCACUGCUUCCUCUCACUGCAUGACGCCGUCAUCUACUCAGCCGUGCGCCACACCGCCCACAAGCACGCCAAGAUCGAGAUUGACAGCUCCGCAGAGGCCCAUCUACACAUCCUCUCGCCCCACCCCUCGCCCCGCGCCUCGGCCCGCCGCCUCUCGAGCGUCGACUCCAAGAGCGACGCCGCACUCGAUGAGCCCGACAGUGAAAUGGUUGUCGAGGGCCCGACAGACGCCGAGAAGACAAGCGAGGCGUCGAGGCCGGACUCGCCCCAUCCGCUCAACGUCGUCGGUCGGCAGAUGGAUGCCGACCGGCAGUCUUCGGGCGCUGUGGGUGCGCUGUUGUGGGGUGUGCACAUGGACGACGACGAGGAGGCGGGCGUGCUGUGGGACGGCCAUAUGGAAUGGGCACAGAACGUCAGGGAGGUUAACCAGGCGGGGACCGAGAAGACCUGGGGUAUCGUCAGCAUGACGCACCCGUGAGACAAUGAGGCCCAUAUGGGUGGGUGGUGCGGUGGUUGUGUUGCAUGUCGCAUGGUAUCGCAUUUAUUCUCACUUGUCUCUCUGCACGUGCCGUCCACUGACAUGUGUUUUCUCCACCUAGCCCGCUUGUAGGCGCUGGUACUGCUCACCUAUCUACCACUCGAAUGGCACCUCGUUCACGUGUCGUUCGAUUAGUGCCGUAGGUCCGUUUGUAUGGAGAAGUUGGGGGGCUUUUUCUCUCUGGUCGCCUUUUGUUUGUCUUCUCGUUCGUUGUGUGAUGUGUGCUUGUGUGUGUGCCUGCAAUUGUGUGUAUAGUGAGCUGGCUUGCCUGCCGUGCUGUAUGUGCGUGUGAUGCGUCCGUCUGCACUAGAUGCUCGACUGGCGUCCGUCUGGUGUGGUGGGUGGGUCCUGUCCUCUGCCUGUCAGUGUAUUUAUUGUCUUAUGUGAGUGAGUGACCAUUGUGCGACUGACUCAAUCGUGUGGAUAACACCGUGGGGCCGGCCGGUCCAUUCGUGGGUUGCGUGUGCGUGCUCGUGUUGCCUGGACUCAGUCUGAGAGAAGCACAGAUGCCACUCCAACAAACAGACCUUCAAUCAUUCUGUUCAAACUUAGAGACGUGAAGAAUGGCGUACAUGACAUGUCUCGCGCUAUCUUCCCGUCAGCGACGACUGGGCGUGUGCAGCACCCAAUGACAGGCACCCAAUAGUCAGUCACACGUCUGUCUGUCUGUCUGUCUGUCUGUCUUCGUGGCU